AUGGGAAGAAGACAUAGACAUGUAACUGAUGAGGACGAUGAGGAGAACCUUGGUGGUGAUGAUGUGUAUAUGUAUCCGGUUGACAUGCACCCUGAUGAGCGACAUGCUUAUAGAGAGGCGGUUCGAGCAUCAAAAGCUGCUGAAUGGAAUCGACAACAAGAAGAACAUUUUAUAAAAGGCAAAAUAAAAACAGGUAGCACAAUCUUCCUCAAAUCUGUUGAUGCAUCAAAUAAUAUAAAGGAUAACAAAUACAUAUAUGGUUUGUUGAAGGAUGUGAUCAAGGAAGUUGGCAAACAAAAUGUGGUCCAAAUAGUUACAGAUAAUGGGUCGGCAUUCGUGAAGGCAGGAAAGUUGUUAAUGAAGAAAUACAAUCUUUAUUGGACUUCAUGUGCAGCACAUUGCAUCGACUUAAUGUUCGAAGACAUCGAUAAAAGGACGAGUGUUGCAGAUGUGAUUACAAAGGCUCGAAAGAUAACCAACUUCAUUUAUAACCAUGGUUGGUUGCUUGCACAGAUGCGGAAGGUGUGUGGUGGAGACAUAGUUCGUCCUGGAGCAACAAGAUUUGCAACCAAUUAUAUAGCCCUCGACAGUCUUUUGAAAAAGAAAGCAAACUUGAAGAAAGUGUUUAUCAGUGAUGAAUGGGCACAACACAACUUAAGUCGCACAUUAAUCGGCAAAGAAGUUGAAUCACUUAUGUUUGACCAUGCGUACUGGGAAAGAGUGGGAAAGCUAGUGUCAAUAUAUGAGGCGCUAUACACGGUUCUUUGCAUUGUCAAUUCAGAAGUUGUUCCUAUAAUGCCAUUUGUGUACAAAUUGAUUCGAGUUAUGAAAGAGAACCUCAUUCGACUUAAUGCUAAAGAAUGGGUGUUAGAAAUAAUUGUAGAUCGUUGGGAUAGAACUCUUAAACAUCCUCUUCAUGCAACAAGUAAGUAUUAUUUAUCUUUGAAAUUUAUUGGUAUUUAA